AUGGCGGCCGAGAUGCGCGAGGCGGCAUGUACUAAAAGGCGAAACGUCGAAACGAAACGACCGAAACGAAACGGCCGAAACCACCGAAACGACCGAAACGAAACGACCGAAACGAAACAACCGAAACGAAACGAAACGACUGAAACGAAACGAAACGGCCGAAACGAAACGGCCGAAAAUAUAAAACACAGGAAAAUUGAAAAAUGCGGAUACGGACGGACGGACGGACGGAGGGGACAGGCGGAUGUACGGGGGAGACAGGCGGAUGGACGGGGGAAGAGGCGGAUGGACGG